UCUGGUGGUAAUGGUAAAGUGGCAAUACCAGAAUCAAUGUAACAGCUGCCUUAUCUUUAUCCCUCAUCAAUCUCUCCGCUAAUGAAGUCAGCAGCAGCGAUAAUGUCAGGCCUUUCUCUCUCUGCAUCGCCGCCCUGCUCUGCCUCCCGUCCUCACAGCUGCCUCCGCCUCUUCUCUCUCUCACUUCCAAUUUACCGCUCCAUAAAUACACAUCCAAUUCACCUAAACCCUAAUUUCGUCGUUCGAAAUUCUUCUUCUAGCGGUUCUUCCAUCACCGCUAAGCCGUCUUCCGAGAUGCGGAAGAAUCGCAGUAAUGGAUUGGAGCAGGAUCAGAAGCUCACCGCUCUCCGUCAGCUUUUCCGGAAGCCGGAUAUUAACAUUGACGCCUAUAUUAUUCCUUCUCAGGAUGCUCAUCAGAGUGAGUUUAUUGCCGAGUGUUAUAUGAGGAGGGCCUACAUAUCAGGUUUUACUGGUAGUGCUGGCACUGCAGUUGUUACGAGUAAUCAGGCAGCUCUUUGGACAGAUGGCAGAUAUUUUCUCCAGGCUGAGAAGCAGUUGAGCUCUAGUUGGAUUCUCAUGCGUGCUGGUAACUGGGGUGUCCCUAACACGACUGAGUGGCUUAAUGAUGUUUUAGUGCCUGGUGGCAGAAUUGGCAUCGAUCCUUUUCUUUUUUCUUCUGAUGCUGUAAAUGAGUUGAAGGAAGCUGUUGCUAAAAACAACCAUGAGUUGGUGUACUUAUAUGAUGUUAAUCUUGUGGAUGAAGUAUGGAAAGAAGCAAGACCAAAGCCUCCAAACAAACCAAUUCGAGUGCAUGACCUUAAAUAUGCUGGUGUAGAUGUAUCAACUAAACUAUCUAACCUGAGGGCUGAACUCACUGACCACGGUUCAUCUGCAAUAGUAAUAUCUAUGCUUGAUGAAGUUGCGUGGCUACUCAACUUGAGAGGAAAUGAUGUUCCACAUUCUCCUGUUAUGUAUGCAUACUUGAUAGUGGAGACUGAUUCAGCGAAACUUUUUGUUGAUAACUCCAAAGUCACCCAUGAAGUGAUGGACUACUUGAAGAAAGCUGGCAUAGAGUUAAGAUCAUAUGAGGCCAUUCUUUCUGAAAUUGAAAGUUUAGCUGCUCGAGGGGCCCACCUUUGGUUGGACACAUCAUCAGUUAACGCUGCAAUUUCAAGCACAUAUGCAACCGCAUGUGAUAAAUAUUUAGAAAGGCUUAGCAGUAAAAAGAAAGGAUAUAACUUAUCUGGGGGGCCAACUGCAUUGUAUAAGAGCUCUCCCAUAUCUAUAGCUAAAGCAAUUAAAAAUCAUGCUGAGUUAGAAGGGAUGCGUAAUUCUCAUCUAAGGGAUGCAGCUGCUCUUGCUGAGUUUUGGUCAUGGCUGGAGGAGGAAAUAAAUAAAGACGUGUCUCUCACAGAGGUAGAAGUUGCAGACAAACUUCUUGAGUUUCGUGCAAGUCAAGCUGGUUUCGUUGAUACUAGCUUCGAUACUAUAAGUGGUUCUGGUGCAAACGGUGCUAUUAUACAUUAUAAAGCAGAAGCAGAUAGCUGUAGUGUUGUGGAUAAACAGAAACUCUUCCUACUAGACAGUGGGGCUCAGUAUCUUGAUGGAACAACUGAUAUAACACGUACAGUACAUUUUGGUGAACCUUCUGAACGACAAAAAGAAUGCUUCACCCGAGUUCUUCAGGGUCAUAUAGCUCUUGAUCAAGCAGUGUUUCCAGAAAAUACUCCAGGUUUUGUACUGGAUGCGUUUGCGCGUGCUUCCCUAUGGAAAGUUGGACUUGAUUACCGUCAUGGAACUGGGCAUGGAGUUGGAGCCGCGUUAAAUGUUCACGAAGGUCCACAAAGUAUUAGCUUUCGAUUUGGCAAUAUGACUCCCUUGCUUAAAGGCAUGAUCAUCAGCAAUGAACCAGGCUAUUAUGAGGACCAUGCCUUUGGUAUUCGAAUUGAGAAUCUUCUAUUUGUCAAAGAGGUCAACACUCCUAAUCGUUUUGGAGGAAACACAUAUAUUGGAUUUGAGAAGCUUACAUUUGUCCCUAUACAGACUAAAUUGAUUGACUUAACCCUGCUCUCUGCUGCUGAGAUUGAUUGGCUAAAUGAUUACCAUUCGCAAGUUUGGGAGAAGGUUUCAUCAUUGGUGGACGGGUCUGCACGCGAGUGGCUUUGGAAUAACACACGUCCAGUUGCGAAACCAUGAUUCUUUGCAUCUAUGCUUUUCUACAUGUAUAUAUACAUACAAGGAACUAAUUGAACUACAUUUGUAGGAUGCAUAGCUGCCUAUCAUGGCUUGUUAAUUUCAUGAUCAUUGAGUGGUAUGCAUUAUUCUUUCUCUGAGAGCCA